AUGCCACCACAACAGGAGAAAAGCUCACUCAAGCGUGGAAGGCACUCGACUGGAGAAGAGUAUGAGCCGAAGAAACCGCGUCGAAGCAAUCGUCUCUCGAUUGUGGACGACAAUGCCGGCGACGAAGAGCUGAAACAAGCACCGCUCCCAUCACCCGUGACGCGAGGAGCGACGUCAGAUGGAGACGCUGAUACCACGAAAACCGGCACCGUGACGCCGCCGAGUCAGCAGAUUGGGCCGAAGACGCCUGUUUCUAGUCCACCGCCGCAGUCGCAACGACAUGGCCUCUCGUCACCACCAGAUGACACUCAGCCCUACUCACAGUUCCUCAUCCCGGCGCCGAUAGCUUAUGAGGUUGAGGACGAGGUGGGCGAAGGGGUAUGGGGAUAUAUGGUCCCUGUGACCGGGAUUGCCAACCCUCUGGUCCUCCGCAAGAGGGCCGCGUGUCCAAUCCCCUCGGGCAUGGUUGGCAAGAAGACCGGCAAAGGCAAAGUGUCCAAGAAGCACUGGAAGAAGAAGGAGGAGGAGUACGAGGUAGACAAGGGCUUGAACGGCAUACCCGCCGAGGGCUAUCUGAUCGGCAGACAUCCCGAGUGUGACCGACAGCUCAAUGUGCCUACGGUCAGCAACCGGCAUUGUCUGCUCUUCUCGGAGAACAGGUAUGGUGACGUGGUGGCUGUACUCGAAGAUCUGAGUGGCAACGGCACGUACGUGAACGAUGCACUGGUCGGGCGGAACAAGCGGCGAGAGCUCAACGACGGCGAUGAGAUCUCGAUUUUGGAUCAGGCACGCUUCAUCUUCCGAUACCCUCGUAACCGCGACGGGAAUGGCUUCAUGCAGCAGUACAAGAUCAACGGACAGCUUGGCAAAGGACAUUUCGCGACUGUCUACAUGGCGACGGAGAAGUGCUCAGGAGCAUCAUAUGCCGUGAAGAAGUUUGAGAAGCGAAGCGGACCGGGUGAGAGGAGCAGAGUUGACGGGCUGCAGCAGGAGAUUGCGGUGCUGAUGGGUGUGAGCCACCCGAACAUGCUUUGUCUGAAGUCCACGUUCGAUGAGGUAGAUGCGGUCUAUCUGGUGUUGGAGCUUGCGCCGGAGGGCGAGCUCUUCAAUCACAUUGUGACGAAGUCGAAGUUGUCGGAGGUGGACACGAGGAAGAUCUUCAUACAGCUCUUCCAGGGUGUGAAGUAUCUGCAUGAGCGCAAUAUUGUCCACCGCGACAUCAAGCCCGAGAACAUCCUCCUCAUGGACAAAGACCUGAGCAUCAAGCUCGCCGACUUCGGCCUGGCCAAGAUCAUCGGCGAGGAGUCCUUCACCACCACUCUCUGCGGCACCCCAUCCUACGUCGCCCCCGAGAUCCUCGAGCAAGGCAACCGUCGCCGCUACACCCGCGCCGUCGACGUCUGGUCCCUCGGCGUCGUCCUCUACAUCUGCCUCUGCGGCUUCCCACCUUUCUCCGAUGAACUCUACUCCAAAGAGAACCCCUACACUCUAAGCCAACAGAUCAGAAUGGGCCGCUUUGACUAUCCAUCACCAUACUGGGACUCUGUCGGCGACCCCGCUCUGGAUCUGAUUGACAAGAUGCUCACGGUCGACGUCGAACGCCGCAUUACCAUCGACGAGUGCCUCGAGCAUCCAUGGACCACGAACCAAUACCCCAGCGUCACCGAUAGCACCGAUGGCUUGACGGGUGCCCUGGCCGGUCUGGACUUUAGCAAACGCAAGCCCCAGCGCGAACGGACACUGUUAUCCUCCAUCAACGACAUCAAGGUCGAGCGCACCGUCGAAACGCAGGCGGAGGAUAAACCGGACGUGGUGGUCUGGGAUAAGAACCGGGGUCCGCAUUUCGACGAUACGGAGACUGCUUCGCCGGGCCAGCCGGAGUCGAAGCCGGAGCAGGUGCAGGCUGCCGCGCAGAAUGGUAAGGAGGGCAGGGCGGAGCAUUCGGUUGAGAUCGAGGUCGAUCCAGCGGCGGGGAGGGAUCCGAGGGAGUUUGUGGAGAUGGGAGGCAAGGGGGAUCAGGUUUUGUUUGGCGAGGCGGAUCUGAGUCGGUAUCCGGAUGCGACCAUGAAGGCUGGGGCGCCGCAGGAGUAG